AUGCUCACAGAAGUCAAUCACACCAACUGUAGCAGCUGCUGCUCUUCUGGGAAUCGGCUCUUCACAGUCAUCUUUAUGGUUGCCCUAAUCCUGGCCAUACUGCUGGGGAAUUUGGUGAUCCUGGCGGUGUUCCUGGCCACCAAGCACUUGCGUACCUCUCAGGGCUACUUAAAGACCUCCUUGGCAGUGGCUGACCUUGCUCUGGGCAUCUUGGUGGUACCUUUUUCUGUCUAUGGAGAAAUUAAAAUGCUUUCCAUCAAUGCUUCUUCCAUGGCAGAGGGAGGAAAUGAGGUGCUAUUUGUGGGAUCUUGGCACCCAUGUUAUCUCAUCGGUCCAGUCUUUGCUGGAUGCACUUUUGUGUCUAUAAGUACCAUCUUUUUAUUGACUAUUGAAAGGAGCAUUGCCAUCCUGAAGCCCCUGCACAAGGAAGUGGUGCUCACCAGAAGGAGGACAUUGCUGCUGAUCUUGUUCUCCUGGGCUGCUAGCUUCUUCUUGGCCAUUGUCCCCAUCAUCUCCAGCCAGGGUGCUAUAGUGUUGGAGUACAAUCUUUGCAGCAGAAUGUGCAAUUAUGCCCCAGCACCAUCCUCACCGUCGCAUGUGUGGCAGAUACUUUUGCUAUUCCCAGCCUUUGAUUUCAGCCUGCUAGGGGGCACUCUGAUAAUCAAUGCUCUUACUCUGACCACCAUUCACCAGUACACUCGCAGGAGAAAGCUCUUGUCUGAGACAGACCAGGAGCCCCUUAGAGCCUCCUUCUCUGACAUUAAAGCUGCCAAGACCAUUGGCACUCUGACUAUUGCCUUCACAGCUUCCUUCACCCCUAUAGCAGUAUUUGUGGUGGGCAACGUGUUGGGGUAUCAGUGGUGUACCUUCUCCUUUUUUGCCUUUUGGAUGCUUGCAAGCAAUAGCUGCUGCAAUGUGAUCAUUUACAGUGUAUGCGACCAGCGCUUCCGCGAGGGGGCGCACCAGAUCUUCAUGUCCUUGAGAUGCUUUUGCUGUAGGAGCUCUUUGCCUUGA